CCGAGCAAAAUUGCGUCACUUCCGCUUCACCACGUGACAGAAGAAGAAGACACCUAAUGUUUGGUGGGAGUUAACUCCUGCCGAGUCGCAACAACAACAACAACAACAACAACAAACUAAAAUGGGCAAUAAGAGGAAAGUUUUAGUCACAGGGUUCGAGCCCUUCGGAGAUCAUGCUGUGAACUCCAGCUGGGUGGCAGUGCAGGAACUGGAGCGCCUUGGACUGGGUGACGCUGUAGAUCUCCACGUGUGCGAGGUGCCUGUGGAGUACCAGGCCGUUCAGAGUCUCCUCCCGUCGCUAUGGGAACGGCACACGCCACAGUUAGUGGUCCACGUGGGCGUCUCCGGCUUGGCGAGCACGGUGACCCUGGAGCAAUGUGGACACAACAAGGGCUACAGACGUUUGGACAACUGCAGCUUCUGUCCUGCUUCUCAGUGCUGCAUGGAGGAAGGGCCCGACUGCAUCAGCUCCGUGCUGGACAUGGACACCGUCUGCAGGAGGGUCGCCGACUCGGGCCUCGGGGUGGCUGUGUCCGUGUCCAAGGAUGCCGGAAGAUAUCUUUGCGACUACACCUACUACUCCUCUCUGUUCCUGAGUAAUGGACGCUCUGCCUUCAUCCACGUGCCUCCGCUGGGGAAGCCCUACAGCAGCCAGGAGCUGGGCAGAGCACUUCAAGCUGUGGUGCAGGAGAUGCUGACGCUCCUAGAGGUGGUUCACCACACAGAGGAGCAGCAGUGCAAACACACACAUCCACACUGACCCACUUGACCACUCUACUUGCUUUAUUCCUCUGUAAUUCCUAAUAGGAUCAUGAUUUAGACUUGAAUGAGAUUAACAUCGGUUAUGGUCAUAAUAUCCAAUUAUGUUAGGGUAAUAAUUCCAACUGAUCUUUGUGUGCUGCGAUAGGGAUGAUAUCAAGCGUGGAUUCUGCUUUGUGUUUAAUAUUUUGUACCAAACUGUGCAAAUUAAUUCCAAUGCCUUGGCACACACCAACAGUCAUGGUGUCUAUUUUAAAAAAAAGUAACAUUUGUUAGUGUUAGUAAUAGUAGAGUAUCAUGUAUACUCAGGGAAUUCAAUGGAUCGCAACUGGACUGUUUGGUUUGUCUUAGAAGACUUUUUGCCUCUCAACCGAGUAGACUUCAUCAGUUCAUGCUCAUAGACUUGGAUUGGUCAGAUCUAGUCUUAAACUUAGAUUGGUUAGAUCUAGUCUUAAACUUAGAUUGGUCAGAUCUAGUCUUAGACUUACAGUAGAUUGGUCAAAUCUAGUUUUAGGCUUAGAUGUGUCAGACACCAGCCUUAAACUGAGAUUGGUCAGAUCCAGUCGUGGAUUUAGAUUGGUCAGAUCUAAUCUUGGACUUGGAUUGGUCAGAUCUGGUCUGACACUUAGAUUGGUCGGAUCUAGUGUUAAAUUUAGAUUGGUCAAAUCUAAUCUUAGACUUGGAUUGGUCAGAUCUAAUCUUAGACUUGGGUUGGUCAGAUCUAGUCUUACACUUAUAUUGGUCAGUACUAGUCAUUGACCUAGAUUAGUCAAAUCUAGUCUUAGACUUAGAUUGGUCAGAUCUAGUCAUAGACUUAGAUUGGUCAAAUCUAGUCAUAGCCUUAGAUUGGUCAAAUCUAGUUUUAGACUUAGAUUGGUCAGAUCUAAUCUCAGACUUGGAUUGGUCAGAUCUAGCCUUACACUUGGAUUGGUCAGAUCUAGUCAUUGACUUAGAUUGGUCAAAUCUAGUCUUAGACUUAGAUUGGUCAGAUCUAGUCAUAGACUUAGAUUGGUCAAAUCUAGUUUUAGACUUAGAUUGGUCAAAUCUAGUCAUAGCCUUAGAUUGGUCAAAUCUAGUCUUAGACUUAAAUUGGUCAAAUCUAGUUUUAGACUUAGAUGUGUCAGACCGAGCCUUAAACUUAGAUUGGUCAGAUCUUGUCUUUGAUUGAUUGAUUGAUACUUUUAUUAGUAGAUUGCACAGUACAGUACAUAUUCCGUACAAUUGACCACUAAAUGGUAACACCCGAAUAAGUUUUUCAACUUGUUUAAGUCGGGGUACACGUUAAUCAAUUCAUAAACUUAGAUUGGUCAAAUCUGAUUUUAGACUUUGAUUGGUCAGAUAUAAUCUUAGACUUGGAUUGGUCAGAUCUAGUCUUACACUUAGAUUGGUCAAAUUUAGUCUUAGACUUAGAUUAGUCGAGUCUAGUCUGAGACUCAGGUUGAUCAGAUCUAGUCUUAGACUUGGAUUGGUCAGAUGUAGUCAUAUACUAAGAUUGGUCAGAUAUAGUCUUAGACUGGUAUUAGUCAGAUCUAUUCUUAAACUUAGAUUGGUCAGAUCUAGUCAUAGACUUAGAUUGGUCAGAUCUUGUCUUCAACUUAGAUUGGUCCGAUCUAGACUUACAUUGGUCAGAUCUAGUUUUAGAAUGGUAAGAUCUAGUCUUAGACUUAGAUUGGUCAGAUCUAGUCUUUGAUUUAGAUUGGUCAGAUCUCGUCUUAAACUUAGAUUGUUCAGAUCUAGUCAAGAGACUUAGAUUGGUCAGAUCUAGUCUUAGAAUUAGAUUGGUCAGAUCUAGUCUUAGAAUAAGAUUGGUCAGAUCUAGCCUUGAACUUAGAUUGGUCAGAUCUAGUCUUAGAUUGGUCAGAUCACGUCUUAAACUUAGAUUGUUCAGAUCUAGUCAAGAGACUUAGAUUUGUCAGAUCUAGUCAAGAGAAUUAGAUUGGUCAAAUCUAGUCAAGAGACUUAGAUUGGUCAGAUCUAGUCUUAGAAUAAGAUUUGUCAGAUCUAGUCAAGAGACUUAGAUUGGUCAGAUGUAGUCUUAGAAUUAGAUUGGUCAGAUCUAGCCUUAAACUUAGAUUGGUCGGAUCUAGGCUUAGAAUGGUCAGAUCUAGAGUUAGAUUGGUCAAAACUUGUCCUAGACUUAGAUUGGUCAGAUAUGUCAAGGCAAAGAACCAGAACAGAUUUGCAUUUUGCUGUAACUUUGUCUUAAUACCACAUACUUUUUAAUUAAUCUGUAUUCAUCUGAUCACCAAUAGUAGCAAACGUUUACAUGGAGGACAUGGAAAAGAAAUCUCUGAUCUCCUUUAAGGGGAGAACACUGAGUCAUUGGUACAGACAUGUGGAUGACACAUGGGUUCAAAUCAGAAGUCAAGAAGUACAAGUCUUCACCGAGCACAUUAACUCAGUGGACAAAAACAUCAAGUUCACGAGUGAGGAUGUCAAAGACAGUAAGUUGCCUUUUCUGGACUGUGACGUCCACAGUGGCGAGAACAGGGGCCUCCAUGUUGGGAUUUACCAAAAAUCCAGACAAACUGAUCAAUACCUACUUUUUGACUCACACCACCCACUGGAACACAAGCUGGGAGUUGUUAGAACCCUACAACCCAGAGCUGGUAAUGUUCCUACCAGCCCACAGGCCAAAGGGAAAGAGCAUAGGCACUCUAUAUGUAUCAGGUCUAUGUGAGAAACUCAGAAGAAUUUGAACCAACACAACGUCCCAGGGAACACCCUGAGACAAGUCCUGGUCCAUCCUAAAGACCAAACACCCCACACCCACAACAACAAUCUGGUGUAUGCUGUCCAGUGUAAUGAUGAAUGCACUGUACUGACUCAUACUGGGGAAACAAAACAACCACUAAGCCGACACGUGGCACAGCAAAGGCGGGAAGACUCUUCAGGCCAAGACUCAGUUCUGUACCUGCACCUCAGGGAGAAACAGCACUCCUUUAACAACAAAAAUGUACAGAUUCUGGACAGGGAGGACGUAUGCUACGAAAGAGGAGUGAGGGAAGCCAUCUACGUCAAGGUUGAAAAACCAUCCCUCAACAUACUUGCCAACCUUGAGACCUCAGAAUUCGGGAGAUGGUCGGGAGGGGUUGGUGGUAGCGGGGGUGUAUAUUGUAGCGUCUCGGAAGACUUAGUGCUGCAAGGUGUUCUGGGUAUUUGUUCAGUUGUGUUUAUGUUGUGUUACGGUGCGGAUGUUCUCCCGAAAUGUGUUUGUCAUUGUUGUUUGGUGUGGGUUCACAGUGUGGCGCAUAUUUGUAACAGUGUUAAAGUUGUUUAUAUGGCCACCCUCAGUGUUACCUGUAUGGCCGUUGACCAAGUAUGCCUGGCAUUCACUUAUGUUAGUCUGUAAAAGCCGCAUAUAUUAUGUGACUGGGCCGACAUUCUGUUUGCAUGGAGGAAAAGGUUGUAAAAGACGCUAAAGGCACGUCCCCGAUAUUGUUGUCCGGGUGGAAAUUCGGGAGAAUGGUUGCCCCGGGAGAUUUUCGAGAGGGGCACUGAAAUUCGUGAGUCUCCCGGAAAAAUCGGGAAGGUUCUAGUCUUGGAUUUAAGAUUAGUCACAUUUAGUCUUGGACUUCGAUUGGUCAGAUCUAGUCUUAGACUUAGGUUGGUUAGAUCUCGUCUUCGACUUAAGAUUGGUCAGAUCUAGUCUUAGAUUUAAGAUUGGUCACAUCUAGUCUUAGACUUCGAUUGGUCACAUCUAGUCUUAGACUUCGAUUGGUCACAUCUAGUCUUGGACUUCGAUUGGUAAGAUCUAGUCUUAGACUUCUAUUGGUCAUAUCUAGUCUUAGGCUGAACAGAGGAAGUGGUCUGUGACACUGCCUGUCUACCACAUACAACACUGUCCUUUCAACCAUUCCUAGCAGACUUUGCAAUUUAGCCUCCAACAAAUAACAGGAGUUAGAAAUAUUCUGCUCACAGAAGGUGACUAGAUGCCGUUUGUUUACAACUGAAUGGAAUGCUAACGUGGGGGAUUCCGACUAUUUUGGACUGGUAUUAGUCCAUCCACAGCAAUCGUUCUGCCACACAAUACCUCAAUGCUAACGAGGGGAAAUGACACUUUUGCCUCAAAACAGCUCUUUUUCUCACUAGAUAGGACAGAAACAUUCUUGCCCAGGCACACCCUAAAAUUGGGGGUUUUGGCACCAGCUGCUAGACUUGAAAAUCUAAGUCGAAGACUCGAUCUGACCAAUCUAAGUCUAAGACUAGAUCUGACUAAUCUAAGUCUAAGGCUAGAUGUGACCAAGCUUAAGUCUAAGACUAGAUGUGGCCAAUCUAAGUCUAAGACUAGAUAUGAACAAUCGAAGUCUAAGACUAGAUCUGACCAAUCGAAGUCUAAGACUAGAUGUUACCAAUCCAAGUCUAAAACUAGAUGUGACUAAUCUAAGUCUAAGACUAGAUGUGACCAAUCGAAGUCUAAGACUAGAUGUGACUAAUCUAAGUCCAAGACUAGAUGUGACCAAUCUAAGUCCAAGGCUAGAUAUGACCAAUCGAAGUCUAAGACUAGAUAUGACCAAUCGAAGUCUAAGACUAGAUCUGACCAAUCGAAGUCUAAGACUAGAUGUGACCAAUCUUAAAUCUAAGACUAGAUCUAACCAAUCUUAAGUCUAACACUAGAUCUGACCAAUCUAAGACUAGAUGUGACCAAUAUUAAGUCUAAGACUAGAUCUGACCAAUCGAAGACUAGAUGAGACCAAUCUUAAAUCUAAGACUAGAUGCGACCAAUCUUAAGUCUAAGACUAGAUCUGACCAAUCGAAGACUAGAUGAGACCAAUCUUAAAUCUAAGACUAGAUGCGACCAAUCUUAAGUCUAAGACUAGAUCUGACCAAUCGAAGACUAGAUGAGACCAAUCUUAAAUCUAAGACUAGAUGCGACCAAUCUUAAAUCUAAGACUAUAAUCUGACCAAUCGAAGUCUAAGACUAGAUGUGCCUAAUCUUAAAUCUAAGACUAGAUCUGACCAAUAUAAGUCUAACGACUAGAUCUGACCAAUCUAAAUCUGAAUUCUAGCACAAUCAUUCGAGCCAUACUGUUUUAUUUGUUAUGUUGUUUCAAUGACUCUUGUAACAAUGUUUGAUUCAUUUUUGCUGCUUUUGUACCCGGAAAACAAAACAGUAAUUGUGAACUCAGGGAUGGAAUACUGAUUAUGCAAUCAAUUUAAUGAUUAAAUGUGACUGAGCAUGUCUGCAUAAUAUUAAAACUGAUACAUCUUC